AUGAACUUUCAUGACGUCUGGACGCGGGAGCAGGCGGAGCAGCUGGCGCUCCCGUCGCCGGUCAUCACGCGCGAGCAGCAGCGCCGCCAACGGGAGCUGGAGCAGCACCUCCUCAUCGCCGAGCGCGACGAGGCCCUCCGCCUCGAGUGGGCGUGCCAAUUCCCUGAAGACGUCGCCGUCACGGAAGCCUUCUACGCGGAGAAGGAGUCGGCGAAGGCGAAGAAGAAAGUGAGCCGCGACAAGCGCCGGGCGGAGUCCGCGGCGAGGAAACCGGCGAGGGCAGAGAAGGCGGCGAGGAAGGAUGAGGAGAAGAAAAAUGGCGCAGGGCCAUCCACCAUCGUCCUCUCCUCCUCCUCCUCCUCCUUCAAGUGGACUUCGACGCCGGUGUCGGAGACGACUCCGAGCACCCACUUCUCGGACUUCGACUGGGACUCGGAGUAG